AUGCUACCAACGAACUACAGUGCCAACAAAAAAGCGAGGAUGACAUCAGAAUUAUUUGAGAAACAAUUACAUUGUCUUGGUGCAAAAAUGGGUACUCACAACAGAAAAAUUCUCCUGUUAGUGGAUUGUUCCCAUGUGCAUCCCAGGAAAAUAAGGCUACGUAAUGUGCAAUCAGUGCUUCUGCCACCAAACUGCACAAGCAAAUUACAGCCUUUGGAUCUGGGUAUCAUCCAUGCCUUCAAAACGGACUAUAGGAAGGCGAUUGUGCUGAAGGAAUCAAGUUUGAUGGAAGUUGGGAAAGACUCAGCCUCCUUUAGAGUGUCAAUUUUAGAUGCUUUGCGUUAUAUUGUGAUGGCAUGGACAGAAGUUACAGCGGCAACCAUCUCCAAUUGCUUCCGAAAAGUGGGAUUCAUUGAAGCUGAUGACAGAAAUAGAUCUGAUGCACCAGACGUGAGUAUUAGUGACAAUGGUGAAAAACUGCUUGCUUCAUCAUGGGAAAAGCUGCAGCUUCAAGCAUCCGGUUCACGAUUUCUUACACGUUGA